UUUGAGGAACUGCUAUAGAUGAAAAUGGGAAUGAAGUGGCAGCUUCAGUGUUUCUUUCUUUUGGGAACAGUAUUGAUCACGUUCUUCAUAAUUUGCUGGGAUGCAAGAAGAGAUGGGACUUUUUACCUGCAAAAGGCCUUACAAACUGAUGUCACACACCUCAAAAUGCGUCAAGAACAUCGUAGACAUAUUACACGAGAGCUUUGCUUGGCCAAUAGUAGCCUGAAUUUUACAGAGAAAUUAAUCACAUUUGACAAGAUUCCAAACAAAGCUCUUGACCAUCUCAUUGUGGAUGAUCGUCAUGGUGUUAUUUACUGUUUUGUACCAAAGGUAGCAUGUACCAACUGGAAACGUAUCAUGAUUGUGCUCAGCCAGAACCUGAAGGCACCUGAUGGAGCUCCAUAUCUGGAUCCUCUUGACAUACCAUCAAAGGUAGUCCAUAAUUCUACAGUGCAUAAGACGUUUAACAAGCUUUGGAGACGUUUUGGACGUUACUCACGUCCUUUGUUGCAUCACAAACUGAAGAAUUACACAAAAUUCCUUUUUGUACGGGAUCCUUUUGUACGACUUAUUUCUGGUUUCCGAGACAAGUUUGUUAAGCCAGAUGAGUAUUUCUACAAUAUGUAUGGGUCCACAAUGCUUCAGCGUUAUGCAAAUAUUUCAAAGCCCCCUGACUCCGUUCAAGAAGCCUUCGCCGCAGGUAUCAGAUUGUCCUUUACUCACUUCAUUAAGUACCUGUUAGAUCCACAGACUGAAAAGGAGAAGCCUUUCAAUGAGCAUUGGCAGCAGAUAUACAGACUCUGCCAUCCGUGCCAAAUUGAGUAUGACUUUGUUGGGAAACUGGAAACACUUGAUGAGGAUACAGAACAUUUGUUGAAUAUUCUUGGGCUUGAUAAUUACAUUCACUUUCCCCCAGGGUAUAAGAAGAGGACAGCAGUAGACUGGGAGCGAGACUGGUUUGCUAACAUUUCAGUAGCUGACAGGAGAAAACUGUACCAUCUUUAUGAAACAGACUUUAGAUUAUUUGAAUAUGACAAACCUGAGGCACUUCUGCAUGAGUGAUUAAAUACUGUCUACUGUCUAAUUACUGUAAUUCUCUGUAUGUCUGCACAAUCAUGUAUGUUGCACUAUGUGUGUACUUCUGCACUGGAAGCUCCUGUCGCCAAGUCAAA